ACUGUCUAACACUUCUUCCUUCAAGAAAUCCUCCUCUCCCCGACCCUCCCCCCUACACACACAUCCACAUCCACACACACACAUACGUAAAUGUGCAUCAAAUGUAAAAUAUUACAAUUUAUUAUUGUAUAAUUCAAAUCCAUUUAAUGUUGAUAAAUUAAACAAACAAUUGAGAAUGCUUAAAAAUACAAUGGAUUAUCAUCAACCUCUAAAUCAUCCUCAUCAUCAAUCUCUACAUAAAUCAUUACCGUUAAUAACGUCCAUAUCACGAACAUCUACACUGAAUACUUCUUCUUCUUCUUCUAAAUAUUCCAUAAAAUAUGGUUAUAAUCAUAAUCAUUUACAUAAAUUAUCAAAUAAAUUUAAAGUAAAUCGUAUGAAAGAUGUUUCACUAUCAUUGAAUCGUUUAACAAAUAAACGUAAAUCAGUUACAAAUCAUACACAUAGAUCAAUGAAACAAAAACGUUUCACAAUGUAUCCAUUAUCUAUUUCUUCUUAUGGUUCUUCAUCUAUAUCAAAAUCACCAUCACAUACAUCAACAUCAUUCAUAGAAGAUUGUUCAACUGGAGAAAAUGAUGAUAAAUAUUCAACAGCAUUAGAAGAUAUAGAAGAAGAAGAAGAAGAACAACAACAACAACAACAACAACAACAAGGAUUAUUAUGUAAAUCUUUACAAAAUCAUAUAUCUCCUAGUAGUAUAAACUCAACAACCAGUUCACUAACUUGUAAAAUCAUCACAGAUCACUAUGACAAUCAAGAUAAACUAAUACAUGACAUGAAUUAUCAAAAUUCAUUUUUGAAAUUAUCUAGAAAAGCAUCAGCAUUUUCAAUUGAAUCGAUCAUUUCAAAGAAACAUAAACAAAUUACAAAUUGUAAUGGAAUUAUUAACUAUGAAGUAAUGCAUAGUGAUGAUGAUCAUUAUCAACAGCAACAACACCACCAACAACAACAUGAUGUUAAAGAUUAUGAUCAGGAUUCUUUAAAUUCACAACUUUCUUCAUCAAUUAAAUAUACUGAUGAUCAAAAAAGUAUCAUAAAUCAUAAUCGAUUAGAAAAUCAAUCAUUAUCUUAUUUAUCUAGUCCAAUAUCAAAUGAUUCUUCAAAAAGCCCUUAUCACUCAUUACAAUCAAGUAUAAAUCAAAAGUCUUAUAUGAAUGAAAAUGAGAUCAAGGAAGAAACAGAAAAGAAAUCAAAUCUAAAUGAAGAAUUCCCAAUACCUAAUGAAUUGAAUACCACGAUCAGUGACUUUGACGAUGUUGCUGAUGAUGAUGAUGACGGGGAAGUACUAAACAACAUUCAUUGUCUUUCAUCUGUAACACCAUUAAAUCUUUCCAUAGACAAUAAACUUAUCAAUAGAAAUAAUCAUGAUAAUUGUACAUUUGAUCUAAUCAAACCUGCUAUAAGUUUGUCAUUUCCUUUUCAAUAUUCUAGUUACUAUGAUAAUUGUCAUCCAAUAACUAAUAUCAAUAUGCAUAAACCGGAAAGUCAUAUAGGCGACUAUUCAAGCAAUACUGUAACAACGGUAACAACAACGAACUGUAUUUAUACUAAUGAUGAUAUUUAUUAUCCUAUUAAAGAGAAUGAUGUAAUAAAUAAUCGGAAAACUCAACAAUUUCCCACUCGACUUCAUAUCAUGAAUAAUUCAAACAAUAAUAAUAAUGAUAGUAAUAAUAAUGGGAAGAAAUCUAAAGUGAAUCAACAAAUUGAUAUGGAAUCCAAUUCAAUAGAAUGUAUUUGUAAUGCUACAACGACUACUACUACUACUACUACUACUAUCACUAAUUCAUCUGUGAAAUCUAGACGAACCAAAUGUCCGAAAUCAUUGAAAUACACACAACUUAAUUGUUUAAAUCAACCUAGCAAUACAUCCAGAUCAGAGGAAUCACAUUUGUCUAAUACUCAAUUUACAAUGAAAUGGUCAGAUGAUGGUAAACAACAAAGAACUCAAAAAUUAAAAAUGUUAGGAAAUGAUAAACUUGCACAAAUUAAAUGUCGUUUAGAAACUAAAGAGUUAUGGGAGAAAUUCAAUGAAUUAGGCACUGAAAUGAUCAUUACAAAAUCUGGCCGACGAAUGUUCCCUGUAAUUCGUGCAUCAUUCAGUGGAUUAGAAUCUGAAGCGAAAUAUUUAGUAUUAAUGGAUAUUAUACCAGUUGAUUGUAAACGAUAUCGUUAUGCAUAUCAUAGAUCAAGUUGGUUAGUAGCUGGUAAAGCAGAUCCAGAAUUACGUUUAAGACAUUAUGUACAUCCAGAUUCACCAUUUACUGGUGAACAAUUAAUGAGACAAACAGUAUCAUUUGAAAAAUUAAAAUUAACUAAUAAUGUAUUAGAUAGACAAGGUUAUAUUAUAUUAAAUUCAAUGCAUAAAUAUCAACCAAGAGUACAUUUAAUUCAGUUAGCAACUAAUUAUAAUGAUAAUAAUAAUAAUCAAUUUAUUAUGAAUUCAUUAUUAACAUCAACAUCAUUACCUAAAUCAUUAGAUAUAUUACCAAAUGAUAAUAUUAAAACAUUUACAUUUCCUGAAACUAUUUUCAUUGCUGUUACUGCUUAUCAAAAUCAAUUAAUAACGAAACUGAAAAUUGACUGUAAUCCAUUUGCUAAAGGAUUUCGUGAUUCUUCACGUCUUACAGAAUUUGAAAGAGAAUCUAUGGAGACAUUAUUAGCACAACAAGCUGUAGCAGGUUCAAUGGUUACUGGUAUACCACAUAUAUUUAGUUUACAACCACCAACAUCAUCAACACAAGUAGCUGGUCUAAAUGGAAAUCAUCAAUGUAAACAAAUGUCUAAAAAAGAUGUUUUACAUGAUCUAGAUCAUUAUAGAUCAAUCAAUAAUGAUACUAAUUUAUGUAAAAUAUCAACUGGAUCAAUGUUUACACCUAGAAUAACAACUAAAACAUCAAUAUUACCAGUACCAACAAUGUCCAAUCUACUUCCUUCAUCAAUACAACAUCCUUCUAAAUCAACAAGCUCACAUUAUACUCAUCAAGAAGCCCAAUUAAUUCCUACAAUAAAUGAACAAGAAAAUCAAAAUCAUUCAUUUCAACACUCUUUAGAUCCAAUUAGAGAAAAUCUUCUUUCAUCACAACAUAAUGAAAGUCAAUUAAAUGAUUCCAAUAAAUUAUUAUCAUUAUGGCGUCAAAAAUUUAUUGAAAACACUUUUACAACAUAUUUUAAUCAAAUUUUACAAGAGUAUAAUAUGAAUAAUUUAGAUUAUCAAAAUGGAGAGAGUUUCAAAUCAUCGACAUCUAUAUCAAAUUCAUAUUCAAUACAACCAUCUUCGUCAACAUCAUCAACAUCAACAUCGUCAUCAUCAUCGUCGUCGUCGUCGUCAUGUACAUCAUCAUUAUUAUCACCACAAAUCUCAUCAUCAUUAUUAUAUAAUCUUUAUCCAUUGAAAUUAAAUCAUACACAUUCCAAUUUAAAUCUUUUACAAGAUCAUUAUAAUUUAUUAAAAAUAAAUGAAGAUAACAAUCAUAGAAAUGAUCUUCCAUAUUCAAUAAAUCAUCUACUUAUUAAUCAAUUAACAAAUGCUUUACAUUUAAAUGGAACAUCAUUGGAUUCAUUGAAUAGUGAUAAGAACCAGUGUGAUUUGUUAAAAUCAACUGAUAUAGACAACUAUUCUGCUGUUACUACGACUACUACUACUACUACUAGUAAUAGUAAUAGUAAUAAAGAAUUAACCUUACAAUCAACACCAUUCAUAACAGAUUGGACAAAAUGGACUAAUGUAAAUCUAUUAAAUACCUUGAAUCAAAUUUGGAAAUCUCAAUGGAAUACAAUGAAUAUAGAAGAAUAUAAUAUCAAUGAAAAUAAUCCAUUAUAUUCAAAAGAUUUAAAAGAAUUAGCACAGUGUAACAAUUAUAUAGCAAAUCAAGUUACCAUAGAUACUACUAAUUAUCAACAAUCGAUGAUUUGGGAAAAUUUAAAAAAAUCGAAAUUAAUCAAUUCUGAUAAUAAUUGGAUUAAUAAAAAUCAUCAGAUUAAUAAUGAUCCCCUAAUCAAUAAUCUAUAUAAUUCUAAUGAAACAGAAGAAGUAAUUAAAAUAUUACCAACAGAUUCAAUAACAUCGAUUACGUAAUUGAAUGAAAAAAAUUUUUUUUUAUUUUUUAUUUUUCAAGUUUUACAUGUUAGUUCAUUUUGUGAAAUAUUAUUAUGUAAUGAUAUGUAUGAAUUUGUAUAAAACUUAUCUAUAAUUCAGAUUAUUUUAAAUCAUAUAUAUAUACUACUACUAUUACUACUACUACUACUACUAACACUACUAAUGCCACUUUUAUUAUUAUUAUUAUUAUUAUUACUGCUCCUACUACUACUGCUACUAUCAUCACUACUAAUACUAAUACUACUACCACUAAUACUAUUACUAAUACUACUAUCACUAUUACUACUACUACUACUACCAUUACUAAUAAUACCACCACUACUACUACCACCACCAUCACUACUACUAACACCACUACUAUUACUAUUACUAAUAUUGCCACUACUACUACUACUACUACUACUACUACUAACACUACUAAAACUACUACUAAUGUAAUUAUGACUCUGAUUAUUAAACAUCUUACAAUUGAAUCAUAGUUUCAAAAUCGGCCAACUUUUAAUCUUCAUAUUUACCAUCAUGACUGUAUUACAUCAUUUUGAAUUAAUCUUUAAUUCAAUUUUGAAUGAUCUAGAAAUUAUUAAUAUUCAUUUUUAAAUGAAUCAUUUGUAAUUUAUUUCAUUUUUAAAUUCUUUAUAAUUAAUAUUUAUGUAAAUAAUGAAUUAUAAUGUGUUAGAUUCAUUGAG